CCAAAUUUGGUUUCCCUCACUUUCUGUUCGAUUUGUCGUGCAUGCUUGCCUAAUUGCACCCCACUCUUCCACAGUUCCCUGAUGCUGCCGGUCAAGAGGGUUUGGGGGUGUGGACCUAACAUUUGUCCGGCCGAUCUCCACGUCAAAGUCGUCGCUUCCGUUCCGUUCUUCUUCCACUCCACUCCACAUCACUGAUCGAGAUCGUACUCAAUGCUCUAGUACUAGUAAACUCCACGAGCACGCUGCCACACGCAAGAAUAGAAGCUCUUCUCCUCGAUGCCAAUGCCAGGGUCUUCCUCCGCGAGGCUCGUCCACCUGCUGGCGUCCGCCUUGUGCUGCGCCAUCCUCCUCUGCGCCGACGCGUCGGUGCACGACUAUACCGGCGAGCGGUUCGUCGGCCUCGGCAACGCCUUCGUCCUCAAUGGCGGCAGCGAGGGCGUCUACGCCUCCCCCGCCGCGGACUCCUUCAUCCGAUUCGAGAAGGUCGCCUUUAAGAGGACGCCGGAGUCCGCUGCCGCGGCCGGGAAGGACGGCAACCGCACGGUCACAAUCACGGCGGUCAUCUUCGAGGCCGCGGACCGCGGCGCGGUCGGGGACUCUGAUUUCGUCGCCGGCGGCGCGCGCGCGCUCUGUUGCACGCCGGACAUGGCGAAGCGGGGCGCGUGCACCGAGGGGUCGCUAGUGUACCGCGCGCCCAACAGCACCGCCGCCGCGGGCUGGCCCAAGGUGCUCGCCGCCUCCUUCCUGCCGGGCGCCCUCGAGACGGUGUUCCCGGACGAGACCGUCGCCGUCGCGCGCACCGGCAUGUACAGCCUCCGCUUCGUACACUGCGACGCGUCCCUCGACGUGGCCGCGGAGGGCAAGACCAUAUGGAAGAACAGCCGCGGCUACGGCUACCUCCCCGGCCGGAUGGCCCCCCUUCUGGCGUUCUACGGCGUCAUGUCGCUGGCGUUCGUCGCCCUCGCCGCGUUCUGGUUCCUGCGGUACGCCCGGUUCUGGCGGGAGGUGGUGCCGCUCCAGAAUUUCGUGACGGUCGUCAUCGCGCUCGGGAUGGUGGAGGUGACCACGUGGUACUUGGACCUCGCCGAGUUCGGCGAGUCCGGAGUCCGGCCGGCGGGGACGACCUUCUGGGCGGCCACGUCCGGGGCGGUGCGCCGCACGGUGUCGCGCGUGCUGAUGCUCCUCGUCGCCAAGGGGUACGGCGUGGUGCGGCUCACUCUAGGAGGGGGCACCAGCGCCGGCGCCAGGGUGGCCGUGCUCGGCGCGACGUUCUUCGCGGCGUCCGAGGCCCUCGAGGUCAGCGAGCACGUCGGGGCCGUGAGCGACCACGACCACUCGCCGACGCGGAGGCUCUUCCUCGUGCUCACCGUCGCCGCCCUCGACGCGGUGUUCAUCUGCUGGAUAUUCAGCGCGCUGUCGCGAACCAUCAGCAAGCUCAAGGCUAGACGGAUGACGGCGAAGUUGGAGACGUACCGGAGGCUGGCAACCUCGCUGACGAUCGCCGUGGCCGUGUCCCUGGGCUGGAUCGCGUUCGAGGUCCACUUCAAGUCGACGGACGGGUACCAGAGCGAGCGGUGGCGCGUGGCGUGGGUGAUCCCGGCGGUGUGGCAGCUCAUCUCCUUCGCGCUCCUCUGCGCCGUCUGCCUCGUGUGGGCGCCAUCGCACGACUCAGCGAGGCUCGCGUGCUCGGACGAUGCCGGCGACGACGACGACGGCGACGGCGUGGAGGACGGUGCGCGGUCGCUGAUGCUCAGGACUGGGCCGCUCUCGUACGUGGAGAACUGGGCGUGCUACGUGACGCAGGACGCCAAGAUCAUCCUCAGGACAGACUCCGGCGUGUAUGCCAAGGCCGGCGAAGAGGACAAGCGAGUCUAAUUAAGCUCGUCGGUCGCGAUCUCGUGCGCCGUAUGACUCACGUCACUAAGAACGUACAUGCAGAGCACAGAUGAUAGUGUAACACGCUAAUGUAGAGACUUAUACCGUGCCGUGGGUUUUGUUACGCUACGAAGUUCAGUUAGCAUGGCAAAGAACUA